AUGAUUCGGGCUUAUGUAGGAGACCACCAUAGGAAUUGGGACCAGAAUAUAGCUCAAUUGGGAUUUGCUCUGAGAUCUUCAGUCCAUGAGUCUACUGGUUAUACCCCAAAUCUUCUCGUCUUUGGACGUGAACUCACGGUUGCUGGCUCCGGAUUUGAUGUUUUACAAUCUGAGGACCAACUGUCUUCGGUUGGAGAUUGCAAGGAGUACAGUGAUAAACUAAAAGAACUUCAGGCGAUACAUCGAGAAGUGUCUGAGAAGCUGAAAGAGGUGCACCGUACCAAUGCCCGUCACUACAAUCUUAGAAGACGCCCCCAGACCUACCGAAUUAAUAGCCUGGUAUGGAAGAAGAACUUUACUCAGUCUGAUGCGGUUAACUUCAUUUCUGCCAAAUUAACACCAAGAUUUGUAGGCCCAUAUGUCAUUUGCACAAAAGAUUUCUCCUUUGGUUUACAAUCUACAAGAUCUUCAUGGAAAGUCAAUAGGAAAUUGGCAUGUAGCCGACCUUAA